UGGUCUUUGCAUGUGAGAGAUAUGUGUCACACAGCAGUUUUGAGUUGCGCUGGCUACUGGUGUCCCCGGCGUGCGUCGUGAUUGGACGGGUUCCUCCCAGUCGUUACCAGGGGCGUGGAACCAAAGCGAGCUGAAUGAGAAACACACAUUUUGUGUGCAGCCUCGCCGUCUUUCUAACCCCCGUCUCUGAGCAGAGACUAUCACGAGCGAAUAACAGUUUGUCCGCGUAAAUUAAUUGCCAGAGAAAGUGGAAAAUUCCCGUGUCUCAAAGUGGUCUUUAAACUACACGCUGCGCACAGCGUCACGGCAGAGACUCGGCAUCGUGAGCUGCUGCUGUAUCUGAUACUGAAGAGAGAGGAUGCGAGGACUCUAAAGGAGAUAAUUACUAUAUAUUCGACAUGGUUUUCUCAUCAAUAUGGGGGUCUGUGUUCCCUUAGCGAAGGCUGAGUUCACCCCGGAUUUGUUUGCGUGUCUUUUUUUGCGUGAAAAUGUGGACACUAUGCAGAUAGGGCGUUUUUAAAGUCCACCUUUUUUUUUGCCGGUGGGUUUUUCUCCCCAACGCUAGACCUGGCAGGUUCUGUCCGUGUCGGGUAUCGAUAACGAGUUUAGGUUGUUUUUGGUCGUUUUUUUUCCUUCUUCGAGCAGAGGUAAGAAGCUCCUGAUAUCGGAUGAGAUCUCGUCUGUCACCCAUCCCACCGUCGUCAGGCAAACUGCGUCACCUAGUGGACGCUGCAGGUACUCUCCUCUAAAUCACGUUUGGGGGAGAAGUCUCGCCAUGGCACGAAUGACCUGGAAACCAAAGUGACUGAACUUUUAGUUUAAAAAUCAGCAUGGAGCCGGAGGCUCACUCAAACUCCGAGGCCCACCAUGAACUGAAACGUCCAUCCGUGCCCGACUCUCAGUGUGAUCUCCCCACGAACAUGCACAAGGCCAGUGCGUACCCAUCCUGCAGCUACCAGAGGAACGUGCACCAGAGGUUCAUCAGGAGGAGCCUGUGGUUCUCUGAGACGGACGAGCAGGCCUUCGAAGCGGCGCCCGAGUACGAUAACAGGAACAAGAUCCUAAACAUACACCUGCGGACAAUAGUGGACAGGACGCGGGGGACCAGCUGUGGGAUACAGGAAGGCUCCAGCACCGAAAGCCAAGGUGGGCAGAAGGACAGCGCCACGGAGGGCGCCAGUGCCGACGAGGAGAAGGAUAAAAGCGGAGAUGAUGCGCUGAAUCAUCUCACGUGCAGCGAUGGCGGCGGCAAAACUGCCAUCAAGGCGUCCAGUGAGGAGAACGAGGAGGAGGCGGAGAUGAAAGCGGUCUCCACAUCACCAGGAGGAAGGUUCCUCAAGUUUGACAUAGAGCUGGGGAGAGGGUCCUUCAAGACGGUCUACAAGGGCCUGGACACUGAGACCUGGGUCGAGGUGGCCUGGUGUGAGCUGCAGGAUCGCAAGCUGUCGAAAGUGGAACGUCAGCGCUUUAAGGAGGAGGCAGAGAUGUUGAAGGGCCUUCAACAUCCCAACAUUGUCCGUUUCUAUGACUUUUGGGAGUCGCCCCUUAAAGGGAAGAAGUACAUUGUGUUGGUAACGGAGCUCAUGACGUCGGGAACGCUAAAGACCUAUCUAAAGCGCUUCAAGGUAAUGAAGCCCAAGGUGCUGAGGAGCUGGUGCAGACAGAUCCUGAAAGGCCUUCACUUUCUGCACACCAGAACCCCCCCCAUCAUCCACAGGGACCUCAAAUGUGACAACAUCUUUAUCACUGGACCUACCGGCUCGGUCAAAAUAGGGGAUUUGGGACUGGCAACACUCAAGGCGGCUUCCUUUGCUAAGAGCGUCAUAGGCACCCCAGAGUUCAUGGCUCCAGAGAUGUAUGAAGAACACUAUGAUGAGGCUGUGGAUGUCUACGCCUUUGGCAUGUGUAUGCUAGAAAUGGCCACCUCUGAAUACCCCUACUCCGAGUGUCAGAAUGCUGCUCAGAUAUACCGCAAAGUCACUAGUGGAGUGAAGCCCGCCAGCUACAACAAGGUCAUGGAUCCUGAAAUCAAGGAGAUUAUUGGGGAGUGUAUCUGCCAAAAGAAAGAGGAGCGGUACACCAUCAAGGACCUGUUGAACCACGCAUUCUUUGCUGAGGACACGGGCGUAAGGGUUGAGCUAGCUGAGGAGGAUGAUGGGAAAAAGGACUUUAUAGCCCUGAAACUUUGGGUGGAGGACCACAAGAAGUUAAAAGGAAAGUACAAGGAGAGUGGAGCCAUCGAGUUCAUGUUUGACCUGGAAAAGGAGGUCCCUGAGGUUGUGGCACAAGAAAUGGUGGAGUCGGGCUUCUUCCACGAGAGCGACGCUAAGACUGUGGGAAAGUCGCUCAGGGACCGCGUGGCCCUGAUCAAAUGGAGACGGGAGAGAACGGUGUCUGCUGCGGUUCCAGUGGAUGGAGGUGAAGGCGGGCACAGAGUCCAGAUGACGCCAUCACAGGGCAUCACUGCCGGGGUUGCGCAUGUAGGACAGCCUUUGCUGGAGCCGGAAGAGCCGGAGGCAGACCAGCACAACAGGCUGCGUAACCUACCAGCCAGUGCCACCUCAGUGACGUCAGACGGCACACUCGACAGUGGCAUGGGCUCCACUGUGUACUCGGACUCCCACAGCAGCCAGCAGAGUGUCCUCUACCAGUCCCUGCUGGAGCCUAUUACUAUGGCAACACAGCAGUGCCAGAGCAGUAGCCCUUCUCCAACAGAUCGACCUCACUCCUGUGAAAAGGGGCAAGUUUGGGGGCCAACACUGAGCCCGGAGCUCAGGACCCGUUUAGGAGCUGCAGCCCGAAGAGGAAGCGCCCCAGUUCUUGACACUCGCAGGGCAAACCAAAUUACUCAACUCCAUGCUCUCAUUCAGUCACGGAGAUCAAUCAGUCCCACCCCGACGGCACCGGAGAACCGGUUGGAAGUCGACCCUCCAGAGCUUCACUCGGAGGCCACGGGUGGGUUCCCCUUCCAGAGUAUUCUGCCAGAACUGCAGGCCUUCCCUGUCCCUUCACCCUCUGAGCACCGCCGCUUUAGUGACACACCAAUCAGACCGUCAUCAGACGCCACCAGUGAGAACUCAACACUGCCUGUGCCAAGUGAACGAAGACACUCUGACCUCAGUAGUCUUCUGAGUCUCACCGCUCAUCAUAACCACCAUUUUGCGGCGCACAGAGGCCACGUGUGCCAGGCUUGCCUCUCUUUGCUUCUUCUAAGGUCACGGGAAGGGAGCCACCGCCGUCCUUCUGGUGCCGUGCCAACACACCACUGUCCGUGUGACUUAAGGCAGAAAACAUCCUCCAUUGGAGCAAUGACCACUCCCGGUUGCGGACGGCUGAAAGGUUUGAGUGAUUGUUAUGAUUUCUCGCUGCUGCAGCAGUCCCUGUUCAACAUAAUCAGCCGCAAAGCAGCCCCUUGUCCUGCCACACCCACCCAAGCCUCCCUGCUGCACUCCUCGGCUGCCCACAGGCCGGCGCGCAGUGAUGGAGACGACGGCCUGAAGAGUCAUCCGCUGGGUGACGGUUUGGUUGGAGACCAAGAACCCAUCCAGGACUGCGAGGAUAGACUCUGUGCCCGAGAGCAUCAAGUUACCAGAGCUGUCGGAGUGGCCAGUUCAGCAGGUCACCACAAUCAGCCUUCUGUACAUGGCCUGCCGUCUUCCAGCACAUCGGUGCACACACCGCUGCAGUACGUCCAGCCUGGACACAGUUACCCUGCUGCUCCGUAUGUUUGCCAACACGGCGCCGCAGCACCAGCUCCAGCUAGUCUCUGUUCAGUCAACAUCCAGCAUACAGUCGGUGCUGCUAGCUACACACCUCCAAGUGUGCAACAGACCCAAGUUGCAGCAAAUAUUUCAGCAUCAGCUGUGCAGCAGCAACAUGUCGCACAGAGCUACCAAGCACCAGGCCACCAACAGCAGCAGGCCGGAGCAGCAAGCGCUUUGACUUUCCCUUUGAAUGUGCAACAGACUUGUCAGAAAUGCGUGGGCCCAACUCAACAACAGGCUCACUCUGCUUCAGGAUGUCCCGCUCCAGUUCAGACUGCUGCAGCAGCACAGCAGCCAGCACAAGGCUACCCUCUUGGAUCUGUAGCCCCGACUGUUGCAGCCAUGGCCCAGUGUCAUCCGACACAAGCUCCCGGUGCACUGCAACACGUCCAAGCCGCAGUCAAACUGCCAAGUCAGCAGCCUGGUCAGAGCUCCUCCACACCAGCACUUUACAGCCAACAGAUGCCAACUCAACAAGAGCACCACCUGAAUACUCAGACCAACAUACAACUAACACAACAUGCUGGGCAGGCUUACAUUCAGCCUCAACUCCAGCACAACCAAGACACUCUGCACACCAUGCACCAACAAAUGGCACAACAGCCUACCCACCUGUCUCAAAGUCAGCAGACUGCUAGUCAGCAACAGGUACACGCCCCAACUCUACAGAAGCACAGUCAGACGGCCAUGCAGACCGCGGCUCCCCAACAGAGCCAGGAUGUAUCCCAGUCUACAGUCCAACAGAUUCAGACCUCAGCUUCUCAGCUUCACCCGACAGUGCCGGUUGAAGCCACACACCAGAGUUACCCUGCUGUCGGACUACCUGACGCUGCCUCGCAGAGCUAUGCAUAUUCUGCCCUCAGCGCUCAGAGCCAGUACCUGUCUGCACAGUCUUCUGGUGCUCCACAGACCUACGGAGCACAACAGUUUCAACCCUAUCUUUGCAUCGCUGCUAUCCUGAACCAGAAUAUUCCUGCUGGUCAUUGCAUUUCUCAGCUUGGACAAGAUGGACAGGUGUCAGGUGGCCAGGUACUGCCUCCUCAACAGUCGAUGGCUCAGGGAACUGUCCACCAACAACUCCAACCUCUGCAGAUUUCAAACUCUCUCCCACCAACACAUCCAUCCCAGUUUCCUUCACAGUACCCCACAAUCCAGGUGAUGACAGCUGUGACUGACUGUGAAUCCUCCUACCCUCACCCUUCAACCUCCUCUUCUCUCAAUCACAUCUUCCUUUCUCCUGGACAGACUGUGACCCCCUCUGUCUUCCCCCUUUCUCCUCUGCACAUUAAAAACAUGUUAGUUUCACCCGUCCCGGUGUCCCUUAUGCCUUCUCCCUCACCCGUGCUGGGACCCACAUCCCCACAGCACCAGCACACCUCUGUUCUGCAGCAGCAGAGUGUUAGAGCUGAAGCUUCUCAUUCACAACCUGCGUUUAUAUCGGCAGCAUCCACCCACCCCUUACACACACACACUGCCCCGUGCCAGAACACACACCCUCCCACAAAUGGCAGCACUCAGCCUCUGAUGCAGCAGGCGCAGGUCGGCCAUCCUGAGCUCGUCCCCUCUGCUCAGCUCAGCCAAGCUGCAGUCUUCUCACCUUUGCAGAACGGGUCCGACGUGAGCGCGGUCACCACUGCUGCCCAGCUGGAGAGCAAGAACCCAUGCCAGCUGGCCCCACAGGCCCAGAGUCAGGUUCAGAGCCAGCUUCCUGUACUGCAACCCUCUGACUCUCAGAAAGCAUUAUCUGGGUCUGCCAGUUCCAGUCUGAGUCAGCAGAAACAGCUCAGUAGUCUCACCGGAGCUGCAGGUCAGGGUCCAACAGAGACCAACAUGGAGGAUCAAGCAGAGAAACACACUGGAGGACAGAGCUAUGACAGUGUCAACUCUGAUGCCACGUCAGGGAAGGAGAUGAGUGAUGGUUAUGAGGGGACCCAUGGAGGCAAAGGUGAAGGGAAAGUCCGCAAACACCACCGCAGGUCCACGCGCACUCGUUCCCGGCAAGAGAAGAUCAACAGGCCGAAGCUCAACAUGCUCAAUGUGUGCAACACGGGCGAUAAGAUGGUAGAGUGUCAGUUGGAAACUCAUAACCACAAAAUGGUCACUUUCAAGUUUGACCUGGAUGGAGACGCACCGGAAGAGAUUGCUACAUACAUGGUGGAGAAUGACUUCAUUCUGCCUUUAGAAAAGGAAAUGUUCAUCGAGCAGCUUAAGGACAUAGUGGACAAGGCUGAGGACAUGCUGAGUGAGGACGCCGAGGGUGAGCGGAACUCUGACCAAAGAGGCAGCCCCAAACAGAACGAAGGCGCCGGCGCUCUGGGAACAGAGGGAUUGAAGGCUUCUGCACCCAGCACACCACAGCCGGUGUACCAGCAAAACGUCCUCCACACUGGCAAGCGCUGGUUUAUCAUCUGCCCUGUGGCUGAGACGCCGAUAUUGGACAAAGAGAAGACGACAUCUCGCACCUCUACAGCCCAGGAAUCUGAAAAGUCUGCCUCAUCGUCAGUCAGGCCCAACGGCAACACUACUGCAGCGGCAACCCCAGUCGCAUCUUUAUCCUCCCAAAGCCCGUCUGCCUCCUCCUCCUCCUCUCUGCCCACUGCAGCUCAGACCUCAGUGCAACCUCAAGACCAAAACAUCGACCAAACCCGUCUCCAGCAGCCUCAGCCCUGUGUAACUAACCACGUCCUUGCUGCUGCCGGUGCCAGCCAUCACAACUUCCUUUCUGUGGAAGAGCCUUGCAUCUCUGCUGUCUCCAUUGUAACGGACAUUCCAUGCUGCGCAAUUGUGCCGCCUGUCACUCUGGAUGUGAAAGGAGCAGCUAGUGGUUUGACCUCUGCCCUAACUAAUCAGCCCAAUCAGAAGGCCAGUCCCUCUGGAGAACUACCCCCUCAGCUGGCCUCCCAUCAGGCUGUGGUCCUGCAGCAACCCUAUGCCACGCCCAUGCAGCCUGGGACCGUCACCUCCCAGCCCCAGAGUCCAGCGCAUCAGACCCCCCAGAACUCCCAGUCGUCGAGCCACCCGCAGCCGACGAGUGGGGGGCCAGGCGAGUCGGACAGUGACGGACCACGUAGGGUGGAGUUUGCAGACCGCACCAUCAAGACUUUGGACGAGAAGCUGAGAAACCUGCUGUACCAGGAGCACGUGCCCUCCCAGCCCUCCAGCACCGCACCCGACCCCCAGGCCUCCAGCACAGAGGGAGUCGGCUCACCUCCAGUCUCAGACGGCCAAAGCUCCGAGGGAGCACAUGCAAAGAAGAAAGGGGAGCUGCUGCCUCAGAUUCCUGAGCGCACAGAUAGUGUGGGUGCACUGAGUGACUCUGCAGUGGCAGCCACCAACAGGGUUGUGAACAGAAGAGACGUGACCACCAGCUCCGGUUCUUACGGCUCCAAAAGCCGUUUUCAAAUCAUCCCCACUCCACCGGAUGUCGUUUGCCGUUUAGAGAAAAGCAAGAAGAGCUGCAGCACCUGCAGUUCCCCGGCACCCUCUAGUGGUUCUGCAGGCUCACACAGCCAGUCCCAGGGCCCGGGCAGGAAAGACCAGGACUGUGGGUCCGUGGACAAAUCCUCUGUGACGGCUGCAGCCGAUCAUGCAGCAACGUCCAAACCCCACAGCAGUAACCGCUACUCUGCCCCGCCGAACUUCUACCAGGCCACCCCGACGUCCAGCUCCGACGUCACGCCACACCACAUCCCCCGGGCCCAGACGAUGGACACUCCGACCCAUCACGACCACCACCACUCCUCCCACCUCUACUCCGGCUCGGCCGAUGAGGAGAGCAGCAGCGUCGCCCUUCCUGCGGCCCACCCGGCUCCCCCGGCUCACGCCCAGUCCGAGCACAGUGGAAGCGACCUCAUGAAGAGGGCGGUGGCCUUCCUGCGGCGCACUGGUCGGAGCAAAAGCGAGCAGAGCUCCGAUUCGCCGAGCCGACAGCCCGUGGGGAUGAACGGUCACGCUGCCUCGCCAUCUGCGGGACACGCCCACUCAUCUUACUUCAGCAGUGACAACGACUCUGAGUUUGAGGAUGCAGAUAUGAGGAAAGAACUGCAGAAGCUGAGAGAAAAACACAUGAAGGAGAUCUCUGAGCUGCAGUCGUUCCAGAGGAGCGAGAUUGAGCAUCUGUACACAGAGCUGGGCAAAUCGCUGCCCUCCAAUUUAGGCCUACUCCAUGCUGCACCCCCAAGUGGCCGCAGGCGCAGGGCCAGUAAACACAAGCUGAAGGCUGGGAAGCUGCUCAAUCCGAUGGUGCAGCAGCUCAAAAACAAUCUUAACAUCUCCGCAGAGAGGAAAGGUGAGAGCGCCGCCGUGUGUUCAUCCAGCUCCCCGGCUAAAAGUUCAGUUCUGUCAGACGGCUCUGCUCACUCCAGUGGCAGCUCCAGCUCCAGCAACCAGCCCAGUGCCCCCCCAGAGCAGGUCCACACCCAGCAGCCCUGUUCCCUGAAGGGCUCUUUCUCCUCGGACAACAUCUACGCCGGGCUACACGGGGAUGGAACGGCCAACCAAGCCUGCCCCGGCCAAGGCUGGACGGUUUACCACCAAACGUCAGAGAGAGUCACCUAUAAAUCUAGUAGCAAACCACGCACUAGAUUCCUCAGUGGACCUGUGUCUCUGUCCAUCUGGUCCACUCUGAAACGACUAUGUCUAGGCAAAGAGCGCAGUAGUAGGUCCGCUUUCAACACCGCCACGUCGGCCUCCGGUCACACACAGCCGCCACUCACAUCAGCCACGCCCUCACCAUCUCCCCAGCCAAUCACACGGCUUGCUCAGGUCCAGACCAACAACAGCAACAACAAGAGAGGCAUGUUCACCGACGAUCUUCUCAAACUGGUGGACGACUGGACGAAGGAGACCGUGUCGGCGGCCAAUCAGCCGCGCCCCUCCCUCAACCAGAUCAAACAGCAGAGACGGCAGCAGGACCUGGAGGCCAGAGCGACACCCAUGGGAGCAGCCACACACGAGAUGAAGUGCCACGUUGGUUCCCGCAAGCUCCAGCUGCCUCUUUCCUGCCCGCUGACUGCCUCUCUGGGCCCCGGUGUGCCCACAAGCCAAGCUUCCAACUCCUCAGCAAAGCUCCCUGCUGGGUACAUUUUGGCAGCGGGCUCCUAUGGAGGCAUGGCUCCUGGUCCUCUUUACCCACAGCAGUGGCCUGGCACGCCCAGUCCUGCAGGGUCCGUGAGUCCCGUAGGCCUGCUCGGUGCUGCAAGAAUGAUGCCCUAUGCCACAGUGGCAAACCCAGGGAUCCAAGCCCACCAUCUGGUCACGCACGACCCCGAGAGUGGCUCCUGUCCCAAAACCACUAGGACUACCUAAUCUGCUCACUAACGGUUGUUAGUGUGUUCGGGCGCCAUCGGCCCAACUUCACUCUGUUGUGGUUCACCAGAGCCACAAAUGUACAUAGUGUGAUCUUGUAAAUUACAUGACGCAAGUGUUGAUAUUCUUUAUACAACACCUACAGUGGGUACGGAAAGUAUUCAGACCCCUUUAAAUUUUUCACUCAUUUUAUUUCUCAUUAAUGUACACUCAGC